ACCCGGCGCAUUUUGUUCAGAAGAAAAAGAAUAGAAAAAAUGCUUCUCCUCGUCCCAUCCACCCUCCCACGGGCACCCUACGGAGCAGCCGCGUCCACAUCGUCGCCGACGCCGUUAUCCAUUCACCCGCGGCCAAGGCGGCAUCCUCUCGCCGUCGCGCGCUGCUCCGCUCGCCGGACUCCGCCGCCCACCGCCGCAGCCACCGGCGGGGAGGCCGCGGCUGCUGCUGCUGCUUCGUGGGCCGGCAAGCUAGCGGGCGCCGUGCCAUGGAAGGCCGCCGUCUCCGGCGCGCUCGCGCUCACCUUAUCCUUCUCCUGCUUUGUUGGUUUGGUCAAUGCCAAGGCUGGGGUCAACAAGCCUGAGUUGCUCCCCAAGGAGUUCACCACCGUCAUUGACGUCGCCGGUUUUCUCUCUUCAGGCCAGGAAAAUCGUUUACGUCAAGAGAUUGAAGACCUAGAGAAGGACACUGGAUAUAAGUUGAGAGUUCUCGCACAAAAUUAUCCAGAUACACCAGGAUUGGCUAUCAAGGAUUUUUGGCAAGUUGAUGACAGAACUAUUGUCUUUGUUGCAGAUCCUACCUUCGGUAACAUUAUAAAUUUCAACAUUGGUUCGUUGAUUGAUCUAGACAUUCCUCAGAGCUUCUGGAGUCGUGUUGCAGGGAAGUAUGGGAACAUGUUCUAUUGGAAAGAAAAGGGAGAGGAUGCGUCAAUUGAAGGCGCUGUGAUGGCAAUAUCGCGCUGCCUGAGAGAGCCCACAGGGGCAAGUAAUUGUUCCGAGGUGUUUUAGAGGUGGAAGUUCAUCGCGGAAGGACUGAGACAUGAGGAACAUAAGACCAGCGAAUACUAUAUGUACAUAAUCGAAAUGCCAGUUACAUUAACUGAACAUAUUUUCGCCUUAAUUUUUUAAAGUCAAAGGACAUUCUUUUA